AUGGCGAGCGAGUUGCAGAUGAGUCCGCAAUUGGAGCAGAUCCAUGGUGAAAUCAAAGACAACUUUCGAGCACUCUCAAAUGGAUUCCAAAGGCUAAACAACAUUAAAGAUUCUAAUAGACAAAGCAAACAGCUGGAGGAACUUACUGGGAGGAUGAAGGAGUGUAAACGAUUGAUUAAAGAGUUUGACCGUGAAAUUAAAAGCGAGGAGAGCAAAAAUCCUCCUGAAGUAAAUAAGCAACUCAAUGAAGAGAAGCAAUCCAUGAUAAAAGAGCUGAAUUCCUAUGUGCAACUGAGGAAAACGUAUAUGAAUAGCCUUGAUAACAAAAGAGUUGAACUCUUUGAUAUGGGAGCUGGAGCAAGCGAACCUAUGGCAGAAGAAAAUGUUCAAAUGGCAUCAGCUAUGUCCAAUCAAGAACUUGUUGAUGCUGGGAUGAAGACAAUGGAUGAGACUGAUCAGGCCAUUGAACGCUCUAAAAAGGUUGUUGAACAAACAGUUGAAGUGGGAACUCAAACUGCCGUUACCUUAAAAGGCCAAACUGAACAAAUGGGACGCAUUGUUAAUGAGCUGGAUACUAUUCAAUUCUCAAUUAAGAAGGCCUCACAGCUUGUGAAGGAGAUUGGGAGGCAGAUUGUCAACCCCAACAACAAAGAUAUCAAGGACAUUCCUGGAUUGGCUCCUCCAGCCCCCUCAAGGAGGCUGUUAUAUGUGAGAAAUCCAGAACAUUUUGAGUAG